AUGAAUUUGAAGCGCGAAGACUUGCAAAGUGUUGCAAAUGCUGUUCCUGUUUCAUUCACAUCAGCGCCAGGGGAGCGAGGUACCAUUAAAGCCAACUCUAACUUCAACGUCAGUGAAGAUGUUGCAGCUCUCCGUAAAGCAAUUGAAGGCAUAGGUACAACUGAGAAGACACUGAUAGACAUACUGACUCACAGGAGCAGCAGUCAGAAACAGGCUAUUUCAAAGGCAUAUGAAGAAACCACAAAGAGGAUUCUAGUAAAUGACUUGAAAGGCGACACCAGGGGCAACUUUGAAAAGCUGCUUGUUGCGCUCGCCAGAUCGCCUGCACUCAAUGAUUCUAAAUGGCUAAUCAAAGCAAUGAAAGGGGCUGGAACGGACAUCAACAUCCUGAUAGAAAUACUUGCCUCACGGACAAAUAAACAAAUCAAGGAGCUGUCUGCAGCAUAUGCUGAGAAAACAAAGAAAACGCUGAUACAGAACCUAAAGACCGAAGUUUCAGGGGAUUUUGGCAAAGCCAUCCUUCUGCUUGCUGAGGGCGCGAGGGAUGAAAGCACCAAUGUGAAUGCAGACAAGGCUAGAGAGGAUGCAAAGGCACUCUAUCAUGCAGGUGAGAAGAGACUGGGAACUGAUGAGUCCAAGUUCAUCGAGAUCCUCUGUAAAAGGAGCAUUCCUCACCUGAGACAAACAAUACUGGAAUAUAAAAACAUCAGUGGCAAGACUUUGCAAAAGAGCAUUGAGAAGGAAAUGUCUGGAAAAUUGGAGGAACUGCUGGUUGCCAUUGUAAAGUGUGUGAUGAGUACUCCUGCAUACUUUGCUGAAAAACUCUACAAAAGCAUGAAGGGAGCAGGUACAGAUGAAACCACUCUGACCAGAGUAAUGGUCAGCCGUGGAGAGGUUGACAUGCUGGACAUCAGAGCUGAAUUCAAGAAGCUCUAUCAGCGUUCACUCUACAAGGAAAUAAGUUCUGACGCGUCUGGCAUCUACGGUGAUUGCUUGAAGAUGAUUUGUGGAGAAGACUAACCCAGAAAUGCUACUAAAGAUGUCCUGUUUGGUUAUUUUGCAAUAUGUUAAAUGAAUACGUGUAUAUGUAAUAUUUUAACGCUUUUUCAGAAAAUAGUUUAUGUAGCUGGUUUACUGCAGGUAAUGGCAGAGUAAAAUUCAUAUUGAUUCAUGAUUGCUGUUGAAAACAUUUCCCCUGUUUCUUUGUCUAAAUUACUCAUAAGGCAAAAUAAGGUAAAUAUAUGCGAUAUAAAUCAAAUUAGUAAAAAAACUAAUAUACAACAUGUUUUAGAACAUUGCAAUGUUGGAAUUCUGGUAAAUCAUGAAUAUUAAUUUAAUAUUAAAUAUUACUAUGAA